GCAGCUGAACGACACGAGUCAGAGAGACAAAGCGAGUGUGUUUUCUCAGCAGCUCACUUCUGCUGAGAGUUGAUUGGUUUUGUAGCUGGUAGAUGUAGAUGUGUGCAAGUGUGUGUGUGUGUGUGUGAGUGUGUGAGUGUGUGUGACAUGACUGAGGGGGGAUUUUAGUAACAACAUGGAUUUCCAGCACCGGGCGGCUCUGGAUAUCUCCACCAGGAACCCUCAGGAUGACUUCGAGAUCUUGCUGAGAGUCGGAGGAGGAACGUACGGAGAAGUCUACAAGGCACGUAACAAGCAGAAUGGAGAGCUGGCAGCCAUCAAGGUCAUCAAGAUGGAACCAGAGGACGAUUUUUCUAUCAUCCAGCAGGAAAUCGUCAUAGUGAAGAGCUGCAAACAUCCCAACAUCGUGGCGUAUUACGGCAGCUACAUCCGAGCUAAUAAACUGUGGAUCUGUAUGGAGUUCUGUGGCGGAGGAUCCCUCCAGGACAUCUACCACGUGACCGGCCCGCUGUCCGAGCCGCAGAUCGCCUACAUCUGCAGGGAGAUGCUCCAGGGUCUGGACUACCUGCAUGCACAGAAGAAAAUCCAUAGAGAUAUAAAGGGUGCCAACAUCCUCCUCAACGACCAGGGCGAGGUCAAGCUGGCUGAUUUCGGGAUCUCAGCUCAGAUCACGGCCACGCUGGCCCGGCGGAUGUCCUUCAUCGGGACGCCAUAUUGGAUGGCACCAGAGGUGGCAGCCGUGGAGAUUAAAGGCGGCUACAACGAACUUUGUGACAUCUGGUCUGUGGGCAUCACGGCCAUCGAGCUGGCAGAGCUGCAGCCACCGCUGUUCGAUGUCCACCCGCUGCGGGUUUUGUUUCUCAUGUCCAAGAGCGGCUACCAGCCUCCCAAACUGAAGGACAAGUCGAAAUGGUCCUCCAUGUUUUAUAACUUUGUGAAGGCCAUGUUGGUGAGGAACCCAAAGAAGAGACCCAGCGCCUCCAAGAUGCUCUCGCACAUGUUUCUGACCCAGCAGUGCCUGAACCAGGAGCUGACCCUGGACCUGCUGGAAAAGUUUCGAAACCCUGAGAAACUGAAGAGCUGCCUGAUGACGGAGGACGAGGAGAUGGAGGUGGCGCUGCCGGGAUCUUUAAAGAGGAUCCAGUCUGUCAACAAACACAACCGGGCGGAGCGGACGAGCUCUGACAUAAGCUUGGAACAGAUCUACACUCGGAGGCCCGUCAACACAGACUCGCCCAACACGACGUUGAGGCCGUCACCAGGGUCGACCGGCAGCAGCAAGAGUCCAGUGAGCAGGGACACGGACUCAGACGACGACUACGAUGACGUGGACAUUCCUACCAUGCAGUCCACCAGUCUCAUCCUGCCAGAUUAUGAAACUCCACCUCCACUUCCUCCGAAGCCCAAAGCGCGGACCAGCUCGGAGGAGAGCAUGGCCGGGGAGGACGAGCGGGCGAGGAAACCCUACACUCUGUACGCCCCCUCGCCUCUCAUCAGGACCUCCAGCGGGACGCACGUCAGACCGACGCCACGGCCGAGAACCUCACGACACUCAGAUCCUGCGUCGCUCCCGGUCCAGUUCAAUGAGAACCCGGCAGACCUCCUUCCUCCCGAGCUCCCUCCUAAAGGCUUACGCAGACGACAACCUGCCGUAAAGGACCCUGCGGACUGUCCGAGCCCCAUCAUGAAGAAACCUCCCGUCUACUUUAAAAAGAUCUUCCACGGCUGUCCUCUUAAAGUGAACUCCGCCACAACCUGGGAAAACCCAGCGACCAAAGACCAGCAUCUGAUCCUGGCGGCCGAGGAGGGGAUCUACACCCUGAACCUGAACGGCCCCGAGGCCACCAUGGAGCUGUUGUAUCCGGGGAAGUGCACCUGGGUCUACACCAUUAAUAACGUCCUCAUGUCUGUAUCAGGUAAAUCGUCGCAGCUUCACUCCCAUUUGCUGAAGGAGUUGUACGAACAGGCUCGGAAGGACCAGAGGAUGGUUGCCUUGCCGACUCACCGGCUGUUACCACGGAAAUGUGCAGUGACGUGUAAGAUACCUGAUACCAAAGGCUGCAAGACCUGCUCAGUUGCAGGUAACCCACACCGAGGCUGCGUGUUCCUGUGCUGCGGUCUGGAGGCCAGCGUCGUGCUGCUGCAGUGGUACGAGCCCAUGCACAAGUUCAUGCUCAUCAAGCAUUUUGACUUCCCGCUGCCCAACCCUGUGCGGGUGUUUGAGAUGGUGGUGGUGCCGCAGCAGGAGUAUCCGCUGGUGUGCAUCGGCGUGUCGCGGGGGACGAGCCCCAACCUGCCCGUCGCUGUAGAAUACAUCAACCUGAACUCCAACACGUCCUGGUUCACCAACUCUGGUCUGGAGAAACCUUGUCCAGAUGUGGUUCAAGUAAACCAGCUGGACAGUAACUCGCUGCUCGUCCUCAUAGAGAAGUCGGUUCAUAUAGUCGGUCUGGACGGGGAGCUGAAGAGCAAGUGGCUUCAUGACAACACCUUCUCUCAUGAUGUUGAGUCUUUGGUGUAUUUUGAGGACACGCUGUUGGCCGUGUGGCGUCACGGCUGGCAGAGAAGAAGACAAGACUUCACUGAGGUGCUGGAGGAGGUCACAGACCACAGGAAGAUCUACAGACUGGUGCAGUCAGACAGGAUGGUUGUCCUGGAGACGCGUCAGACCGAGGACCAGUUGGGGACGUCCAACCUCUACGUCCUGGAAAUUGCUGAGAACUACGUCAUGCUACCGUGACUCCCCCCUGUCUGCUGGCACAAGGCAUCAUGGGAAGAAACCUCCAUGAUUAUUAACUUUGACUGGCAUGGAAGUGUCACUGCCACAGUAUUUCAUUUUCUGACGGGAGGAGAAGAGACGUGUGUGUCUCCGUGUGUUCUAGCGUUUGUUCCUCAGUCUCUGGGAAAGUCUUAUUUAUGUUAAUCUGGACUUGGUUUGUGAGAUCCAGAACAAUCUCCAGAAUCCAGGCAGCUGAGAAAACCCUCACUGGAUGGUGAAGGAAGGUCCUCCUCUGACACUAAAGGGGAGCAUCUGUUCUUCUGCAGGGACCGAAAAUAUACGACGAUGCCACAAACAAGCAUGAAGGAGCCGAGCAGCACCGCUGCCGCUCAGUGUGUGUCAUGUAACCUGAGUUGUUUAAUAUCAGUGUUGGAUCUUAAAUACACACUUUUUUACUGCCGUUACACUGUAAUAAAGUUAAUUACCACAAGA